AUGGCAUCGCCCAUCUUGGACCUACUUCCACCCGAACUGCAAGACCACGUUGUGUCGCUCAUCAAGCGUCCAUCGGAUUUGAAAUCGCUUUGCCUAAGUUGCAAGCAGUUUCGUUCCAUUGCAACGCCAUACCUUUAUCGAUUCGCCGUGAUCGACCCACUGGCGGUCGCUGCAAAAUCCGGCUUUCUCGCGGUAGGCAAUCCUGGGCAUCCGCACAUUGAACAUCUUCGCUUGAAGCCUCUGGAGAAUUCGGACAAGCUUGAACAACAUGUCUCUGCCAACAAGACCGUCCGGCUAGCGCUCAAUUGCUUAGCCAAAGACUCGCUUCGUUCUCUCAGACUCCCCAUGAAACUACUCAUGGAGCCCGAAACACUCGCUGCGAUACUCACGCUGCAGAGGAACCUUCGCGAGGUCUGCGUUGGAAGAGUCAGAGACGCUGCCUCCCAGAUUUCUUUCCUUGUCAAACCGAAACUCGAGCAUCUGCGUUCAAUCAUCAUACCGCCAUUAGGCAACGAGCACGAUCUUGAAUUCUACCACGAUAUCAUGGCUUUGAGUCACAGCAAUAUUGAGCAUCUCUCACUCUCUGGCGCGGACACUUGGCACAGCACUAGUGGCCAUCUACUUGAGCUGAACAACACGGCAACACACGAUGGGCUCCUAUUCGCGACCAUUUUCCACACUCAACACGGAACAAUCAACGCCGAGCCCUUGAAGCUCUCCAAAUUGCGGAGUUUUCGAGCGAACAAGCUUCAGCUGGGUAAUGAUGCCGGAAGAUGGUCUAGAAUUUUCGCAUUUGAGCAACUUAGCGUGAUAAUAAUUGAGAAAUGUACUCAUCUCGAGCUGUUUCUCUAUUGGCUAGGAGAGCGCUUCAAGGUUCAUGGAUCCCAACUGAAAGAGUUCGGUUGCGCCGGGCACAAGAUCGUGUGCAAAGCUUUGGAAAAGGUUUUGAGCUCUUUCACAGGCCUCGAGACCUUUGAGAUUGCAGAGACUUCAUACGGUCUCACACAAGGCAUGAACUUUGCCAGCUUGGCUACUCACUAUGCCACGCUCAAACGCCUGAAGCUCAAGUAUGCUUCGAGCGACGUAAGGGCAUUCGAACGUCCGGCUCUGGAUGCCUUUGACAUCGUCGAAAUGGUUACAUGCUGUCAGAACCUCGAACAAUUGUUUCUGGAUUUUCUGGAUACCACCAUCACCACCCUUCAAGGGCAGGAAUGGGGCGUGUAUGGGAAAUGGAUUGCAAGAUUUCAUAGCGAGACUUCCGAAGCUGAAGGUCUUGCACAUCGCCUCAUGGCCAACGGCGCCCUUUCCAGAUUCUAUCACACCUCCGCACAUGUACGAGUCGGCAUACCGUAG